GGAGCAGGAGAACGCCAUGUCUCGUCUGAAGAAGCAGCAGCAGGAGCUGGAACAGAUGCGUCUGCGCUACCUGGCAGCGGAGGAGAAGGAGGCCGUCAAGACGGACAAGAACGAGCUGGAGGACAUCAGGAAUGAACUCAACAAACUGAAACAGCAGGAGGCCAAGCAGCCAUGGCGAGGUGGCGAGGCCCCCGCGAGCGUGUUGUUGGUGGGAGCAGGUGGCGAGAGCGUUGACGACCACCUGAGCCGGCUGCUGGAGGAGCGCGACACGCUGCUGCGCACGGGCGUCUACACACACGAGGACCGCAUCAUCAGCGAACUCAGCCGGCAGAUCCAGGACGCCAUGAGCCAGAGACCGCCGUCUCACACGUCCGCCGCACACUGAGGGAACUGUCCAGUGGGUCAUUUUUUUCAGUUGGCCGUUUUCCAAACGUUAUCCUGCGAGUUCACAAAGUUGAUCUCUUUUCAUGAAUAUGUGUAAGUUAAUAAACUAAUAUUUAUUGGUCUAACCAGUGUAGUGUUUUUCAAUGACUGGUCAUUCAAAUGAUGGAUUUACAUUUAGAUGAUCCACCUCUUCAUGUAUGAAAGAUACACAUUUCCAAGCCAUAAUGAAUACUUGAUAGUAGUAUA